CAGCUCAUCUGAACAGGCAAGAAUCUUCUUCCUCUGGCUCGUAGCUCUGCUCUGUUGCUCCAGUUAUUUUGCAUUCGUUGCAGUUUGGCUGGGCCUGAAUUCCUUGUUUUAAGCUGUUACUUUGACCCUUUUGGCCUGCAGAGGCUGUUUGGCACGUGCCCCGCCCCCCUCCAAAUCCAUUUACCCCAUCCGUUUGGAGAAAUUCUGUUGCUUAAACAAUACACAGGCUUUUUUGAACAAUGAGUUCGUACAACGUUUCACUCGCUGGACCUUCGCCUUGGGGCUUCCGGUUGCAAGGAGGCAAGGACUUCAACAUGCCCCUCACCAUUUCCAGGAUUACACCAGGAAGCAAGGCAGCCUCCAGCAACCUGAUCCAGGGUGACAUCAUCGUGGCCAUUGAUGGGGUCACCACAGAGGGGAUGACACACCUGGAGGCCCAAAACAAGAUCAAGUCUGCCAACUUCAAUCUGGCCCUUACCAUGCAAAGGUCAAAGCGGCCCAUUCCAAUUCCCAUGACAACACCAAGGAUUGACUCCCCUAUGUCUGUGAUCCCUCAUCAGAAGGAUCAGCCUGUGCAAAUGAAUGGGGCUCUCUCGGUCUCUGCUGAGACAAACUCCAGCUACUCAAGCAAGCACACCAACCAGUCCUAUAGCACUGUGGUGAGCAGUAGCGGAGAAGCUUCUUUGCCUGCUCAAAGGCAUUUAGCUGCUCCGAGGGACAAAUCCUCCUCUGGGCAAAAAAACCAGCAGUAUAACUCCCCCAUCGGUCUGUACUCUGCAGAGACAUUACAAGAGAUGGCCAUGCUGCAGGAGAGGGUUAAGAGCUCGGGGUCAGGCAUGCCUAGUGGUACUCCUGCUGAGCAUGCUCCAGUUUCCACCAGUAUUGCACCUGUCUGUCCGCCUACUAUCGCUGCUUCGCCCAAUGAGCUCCUUUCGGAGCCACAGAUAGCCAGUCAGGCACCCGAGCCUGAUGCAGGGCAGAAUCCUGAGCAAACCAUGGUAACCAGCUUCAACUUGCAGGCCUCUAUGGGUUACAGUUCCCAGUACAAAACCUCCAUCUCCAGUUCUUACUCCCAGGUCCCACCUAUGCAGCAGCAGCCACCACCACCCAUGCAGCACAGCUCCAUCCAGAUCCCCGUAGGUACACCUCCACCUAAAGUGGUCAGCACUGCCACCAUUGUGCCCGCAGCCUACACAGCUGCCCCAGCACCAGCUCCUCAAAUGGUUCACAAGCCUGCUCCACCUCCACAUGCUCCUGCCGCAGCUCCAGCGUCUUCUUCCAACAGGCCUCCUUGGGUUACUGAUGAGAACUUUGCCCAUAAAUUUGACCCUAGCAAACCCACCACCACCACCACAAACAUCAGAGUGCAGCCUCUUCCCCAGGCAGCCCCACCACCACCACUCUACAUCCCCAACCCCGUCCCUGCUCCCGUUCCCGUUCCUGCUCCUGCUGCACCCAGCCCUGCAUUCAACCCAGCCCCCUUCCCACCUGUGGCUCGUGGAGUUGCUCAGAGGGCAGAGCGGUUUGCAGCCAGCAACAGAACACCUCUGUGUGGAGCCUGCAACAGCAUCAUCAGGGGACCAUUCCUGGUGGCACUGGGUCGUUCCUGGCAUCCAGAGGAGUUCAACUGCCAUUAUUGCCACACGUCUCUGGCCGAUGUCAGCUUUGUGGAGGAGCAGAAUAAUGUUUACUGUGAAAACUGCUAUGGAGAGUUCUUUGCACCUACAUGUGCCCGCUGCAACACCAAGAUCAUGGGAGAAGUGAUGCAUGCACUGCGGCAGACCUGGCACACCACUUGCUUUGUGUGUGCAGCUUGUGGAAAGCCCUUUGGAAACAGCCUCUUCCAUAUGGAGGAUGGUGAGCCGUAUUGUGAGAAAGAUUAUAUUGCACUCUUCAGCACAAAGUGCCAUGGCUGUGACUUCCCAGUUGAGGCAGGAGACAAAUUUAUUGAAGCUCUUGGCCACACAUGGCAUGAUACCUGCUUUGUUUGUGCGGUGUGCCAUGUGAACCUGGAAGGACAACCUUUCUACUCCAAGAAGGACAAGCCAUUAUGCAAGAAGCAUGCACAUGCCAUCAAUGUGUAGAUGCUUCAACAUUGCAUCAAAAGCUGUCAGUGGAGGAACUAAAUGCAAUUAAUACAUUUGCAUGUGUGGUUUAUGGCAAGACAUCCAAAUGACAAAAACUAAUAUAAAAGACAUACAGUAUAUUAAAUAGCAUAUUAGUAAAAACAUGAAACUAGACAUUUUGACAAUUUUAGGUCUUUCUUUAUGUUUAUUAUAACCCUAAUACAUUUGCAUACAUGCACUUGUUUGUCUGAUACAGUAAUUUUAGAGAUAUAACAUUUUCACUUUUUAUGUAUGCAUAUUAGUGACUUAAAUAUUCAUUUGAAAGAUAUUAAUAUUAUACAUGAAUGCUGAAGAUUGAAACAGCCUGAAAAAGUCUAUGCAUAUUAUUACGCCUUAAAAUUUGAAUGUGUUUUUAUUCUAUUACUAUUUGUUUUCUUGAACAAUAAUGAGGCCUAUAGAUCCCUGACUUGCUUAUCAAUCAUAAAAGGAUUAAAUAGAUUGAGACUGUGUGUUGUUUUGCAGUCUUUUCAAUACUGAAUGGGUGUUUUAUGUGUUACUAAUCUUGUUCAUUUGUGCUUUUAGUGUGUGGGAAAGCAUGUGAGCUAAUUAAUGCAUAUGUGAUGUCAAUAUUAGCAUUAUGUGUCAUAUUUUUAUCAACUCAUUUUAAGAAUGGGAGCAGGGCAUCUGAAAAGGUAACAGAAUUUAUUUUCAUUUAUUAAUUGUUGCCCUCACAGUGUAUGUCCAGCUCACAAGGAGUAUUUUUUUUUCUUCAAUUAUUCAUGUUUUGCCUUGUCACCUAUGAUAGUUGAUUUUUGUUGUUAUUUAUUGUGCGCUAAACCUCAAUAUUUACAACAUCUUUGCAAAUGGUGUACUGUUCUGAAUUUGCAUGGAUAAUUUACUUGUUUUCUUUGCCAAGAAGGUAGGAUUCAUAUUUUUAUUUAAUAAAUACUUUAAUUAACAAGACAGAGGCACACACAGGAUGCAAGUUGUAUUGUUAAUAUGUAACAAAUGGGGUACCUGAGAAUUUUUUUCUCUGUGGGAAUAUGAUACAAAAUUCUGAAGUUAAGUUUUUGUUUCAUGCCUAGUGGCUAUUAUACAUCAUGGUUAAAUUCUAGACACUCAUGUUUUCCUAUGUGAUAUUGAUAUUUUAUGCAUACAAUUCACUUAAAAUAACUUUUAUUUAGACAUAAAUGUGCCCUUGAUUUAUAUAUAUUUCACUGCCAUAUAUUGAAGUUAAUGUUACCUACCACAUCAGUUGACGUGUUCUUAUGGCUAUACUUUUGAUUUUGGCUUUUAUUGUUUGUUUGUUUGUUUUGAAUAUUACUAACAGUGGUUUGGCAUGUCAUAACUGCCUCUCUUAAAUUUAAUGAAUUGUUAGCUUCUUUUUUACACAAGAUUAGUAAGUUACUUAAAAUUACAUUAAUAUCAGUGUUGGGCUCAGAAGUGGGAAUGUUCUAUCUUUUUAGCAUUUUUCAAAAACAGAUGUAUUUGAUGUAAUUUAAUGCUAUUGAAUGUACUUUACAAAUAAUGUAUUAUCUGAAUUUGUCAUCUGCUGUAUUCUGCAGUUCACCUGGGAAUUACAGAGACAAAGGAUUGAUCCAUAAUUAAAUAAAGCUGCAGAUACUUCAAUAAUACAAUAAAGAACCAUAUACAGUA